UGGGUAAUGUGACUCUCCUGUUGCGCAUAUCGGGAUGACGCUGGCAUAUUUUUCGAAAGAUCAUAUUGUGGGAGCUUGCCUGGGAUCCGUAACUGCUUUGGACUCUGCUGGUCUCUGUGUGCUGUCCAGCACAAAAUCCUAAAUCUUAAGGCGCCUUCAGAAAGCACUUUCAAUAGCGUGAUGCAUACCUUACCAAUACUGGAGACAGAUGAUGGCACCUUGGAGAAUGUGGAGACAAGGGAUAAGCAGGCAGUUGGGGGAAAGGGAGAGCCGCGGCCCAUGGAAACUUCCUAUGAGAUAGAACGUCUACCACCUCCAAAGAUUGGGAUUAAGAUUCCUCCUCUGAGUAAAGAGAAGACUUUUAAAAAGGAUCGCCUCUUUGGUGCUAUCGUGAGGGGGAACCCUGAGGAGCUGGAAGGACUGGGGGACUAUUUGCGAAGAAGUGGCAAAUAUCUUACUAACUCUGAGUACACAGAUGGAGAAACGGGCAAGACCUGCUUGAUGAAGGCCUUGCUGAAUUUGAAAGACGGGGCAAACCCCACCAUCCCUUUGCUGUUGAAGAUAGACAAGGAGACCAAGAACCCAAGGCCUCUGAUCAAUGUAGCUUGUAAAGAUAUCUUCUAUAAAGGCCACACAGCACUCCACGUUGCCAUUGAGGCAAGGAAUCUAGAUCUGAUCAAGCUCCUGAUGGAGAACGGCGCUGACAUCCAUGCCAAGGCCUGUGGAAAGUUCUUCCACCAGCAGGAGAAAGGGGCAUGCUUCUACUUUGGUGAGCUUCCUCUCUCCUUAGCUGCUUGCACCAACCAACCAGAAGUGAUCAGGUAUCUCCUGGAUAACCCUCAUCAGAAGGCCAACCUGGCAGAGCAGGAUUCCCUCGGCAACACAGUCCUCCACGCCUUGGUGAUGGCGGCCGAUGAUGCGGAUGAGAAGAACAGGGAGCUGGUGAUCGAGAUGUACAACAAGAUCCUGAUGCACAGUGCCACGCUCAACCUAUGCCAGAAACUGGAGGAAUUAACCAACAAGGAAGGCUUGAACCCUUUGACCCUGGCCGUCAAGACUGGAAAGAUAGAGAUCUUCAAAAACAUUAUUCACCGUGAAUUCAAAGAUCCGGAGUACCGUCACCUUUCGCGAAAGUUCACUGAAUGGACCUAUGGGCCUGUCCACAUCUCUCUCUACGACCUGACCUCCAUUGACAGCUAUGAGGAGAACUCUGUGUUGGACAUUCUUGCCUACAGCAGCGAUACUCCGAAGCGGUACGAGAUGGUGGUCCUGGAACCUAUAAACAAGCUUCUUCAAAGCAAAUGGGACUCCUUUGCUGCCAUGAGAUUUUAUAUCAGUUUUUUUUCUUAUGUGGUGUUCAUGUCAGUGUUCUCAGCUGUUGCUUAUCACCGGCCUCUGGAGGGGAAGCCUCCUUUUCCAGUGACACUCGCUGCUGGAGACAUAUUGAGGCUCAUUGGCCAGUUCAUUGUCUUAAUUGGAGGCGUGUAUCUCCUCAUUGAUCAGGCUAUUUACCUGUGGAGAAGGCGCCGGUCUCUGACAACUCUGCUUCAGGAUGGCUACAUUGAGAUUUUUCUGCUGUUGCAGUCAGUGACCCUGCUGGUUUCGGCAGUGAUGUACCUUGCAGGUCUGGAAGAUUACCUGUCUUUGAUGGUUUUCUCCCUCCUGGUCGGCUGGAUAAACUUGCUGUACUACAUGCGAGGCUUUCAGCAGACUGGGAUCUAUGUUGUCAUGAUACACAAGGCUAUCCUGCGGAACCUCAUCCAUUUCCUCAUUGUCUAUGUGAUCUUCCUCUUCAGCUUUUCAACAGCCCUUGUCAUACUUACCGGGGAGGCUCCCCAGCCUGUCCAGAAUGGGUCUUCCCUCAUCAACGGUGACGGCAAAGACCAAGUCAAGUAUGCCGGGCUGCUGCAGACUUCCCUGGAGCUGUUCAAGUUCACCAUUGGGAUGGGGGAGUUGGAGUUUCAAGAGAAUAUGAGGUUCAGGUACUUUGUGAUGUUCCUCCUGCUUUUCUAUGUCAUCAUGACUUACAUCCUCCUGCUGAACAUGCUGAUUGCCCUGAUGAGCGAGACGGUCACCGAGGUCUCUGAAGACGGUCAAAAGAUCUGGAAGCUGCAGGCAAGUCCAAAACCACUGGCGCUUUUUCUGCUGGAUGGGGCAAAAUAUGAGCCAGGGCCAGUACACUAAAGGCCCCUCCAGACUGGUUGCUUCUGUGUGCUCUGCAACAUGUCUCUUUGCUUUAUUCAUUGGUGUCGACAAGCACAGUUGGCAUUGUUCACUGGCCAGGGAACAUAAAGCUAUACGUUGAGGCAUACAGAUGCUGUCAAUAAAUAAGUACACAAAUUCCUGCCUCCUCACUCCCCAACUCUUGAUCCCACUCUGACAGCUGCCUAUUCGCUUAACCCUGGCAAAGGAUUCACACAUAAGGAGAGCCCUGGUGGAACAAGGUCAGAUUAAAAGCCAAUGUGGUUUAGCACCCUGUUCCAAAGUGGCCUCCUGGGUGCCUAUGGCAAGUGGGACAGCAUUUCAGAGCAUCUGCUUUGCAUGCAGAAGGUCCCAGGUUCAACCCCUCCAGUUUUCAGGAAAGGGCUGAGAAUGUCCCUUGCCUGAAACCCUCAAGAGCCACUUCCAGUCAGGUCAACUAUACGGAGCUCGAUGGAGGAGUGGUCUGACUUCAUAUAAGACAGCUUCCCCUGCUCCUACUCAAAUCACCCCUAAAUCUGAAAAUGUGACUAUUCCUCCUGAAUUGUACCCACAGCGAGCAACUGCUAUUAUGGAGUUGGAGAAAAGCUGGGUUUGGCAUUGCCAGAAACCCAAGCGAUCUGGUUGCCAGCUGUCUAUCGGCUCCGAAGAUGAGAAAGAUAAGAGAUAUUUUUUCCGAGUAGAAGAGCUCGAUUGGACUAAUUGGAAGAAAGAGGUGGGAGCUCUCAAGGAGGAUCCUGCAGACUUAGACCACGAGGAGACAGUGUCAAAAGGCAAG